AUGUUCAUCGGUCUAGCUCAGCACCUAUUACCCAACUUGCGAGAAAUCGCAAUUGUGGAAGAUGCAAAACACGAACGUAAUCGGCAAUUCAGUCAUUCCGUUUUCUUCGAUCUUCCAGAGCUGGAGAGCGUCUUUGUCUACAACUUUGAGGCUCUAGAAGGGGAUCGGGAUCUACAUUUCCGCCAGCUCGAGAUGAACAAUCUCAUUUACAUGAAUCAUGUCAUGACGUCGAUUCGAUCGAGGCUCGAUGAAACUAGCAGUCGUUACUGCCCAGACAUCACCAUUCCCCAUUUGGAGGUUUCAGAUGCGUACUUGGAUUCAUUCUCUUUAGUGGACUUAAUCUACGCCUUUCCGGCGCUGCGUACCUUUGCAUUCGACUUUCGCAAAAGUGCAAUACCGGAACAUCCCCGCUUUUUCAACGCCUUGAUAUCAGUGCUUUCUACUCGUGCUGAAACUCUGACUGCUUUGUCCAUUGGAGGCCAUCCCGAUGAUUGCCACGAAACCGCCACUCCAAUCGAUUUCAGUUCUCUAGGCAAUUUGAAUCAUCUGCGGAUCUCGAUCUCUGUGUUCCUUGGAAGCAAAUCAGGUGCUCAAUCCUUGACCGAUGAUCGCAUGCGCGAGAGAUUUCCUGCCAGUCUCCAAAAGCUUGUUUUGUUGGUAUACAAGAGCGAGGAGCAUCAUAUCCUCCCACCACUGCAGCACUACAUCGAUGCAGAACCUCCGAUCAUACCAAACCUGAAAGAACUUGAGGUCUGCUGCCACGCACCCGAAGCGAUGCAUGGGUGGCUACAAGGUGCAGCCGAGCGACACGGUAUCAAUCUGCGUAUUUUCCGCAAGCUGAAGACCAGUCAAGAAGACCUGUCCAUCGUACCGUUCGUCAAUACGGUGAAAGGCACCAAGCAAGAAAUAUCGCAGGUUAAGAUUACAAUAACCCCGCCUGUUUCGAAUCUGCUUCUUGAGGAGCUGAUGCCUCUCGAAGAGUAUAUGCCUGACACUGAGAUCGUUGUGCCGAUAUUCGAAGAAGCGAGCAUGCACGCAGCAUAG